AUGAAAUUUAUCGUAAUUAUACUGCCACUAAUAAUAUUUAAUUGUAUCAAAUGUGAAUUAGAUAAAUGCUUUCACUAUGACGAUUACCCAUUUUCUUUCUUUGCUACAAAAACUGCAUAUAGUUAUGUGUCAGCCAAACAAAAUUACACUCAACCAAAUUGUAAGGCAUUGCAAUUGUGGCUGUUGUCCAGGCAUGGUACGCGACAUCCUAGUAGAACUGUUAUUGAUAAAAUAUCGAAUUUAAAAGAGUAUACCAAAAUCAUAACCGAUAAUUCAAGUUUAUGCAAAGAAGACUUCGAUGCGAUUAAAACAUGGAUUUUUAAUUUGACUGAAAAAGAUGAAAACAAACUUAAUAGUCAAGGUGUUAACGAUUUAUUGUCUUUGGGAUUAAGACUUCAAAGUGUGUACGAAGAUAUAUUCAACCAACCUUAUAAUCCUAUAACAUACAGUGUAUUAUCAUCAUCUCAAGAAAGAUCAAGAGAUAGUGCAUUUUAUUUUUUAAAAUCUGUCUUUAAUAUGAAUGUUACCGACAUACCAUUAAUAAAUAAUGAUGAUAUAAAAUUAAACAUAUCCAAAUUUGAAAACAAACACGAUAACAAAGAAACAAAGAAAUUUCGUUGUAGUGUACACAUGCAAGAGGUAAUUGUUAGAGUAUCGAAGAUUUUGGGACUGGAUCGUAAUCUGACAUUUAAUACAAUAAAAGCUAUGUAUGACUCAUGUAGAUAUGAAAGAUCAUUAAAUUUAAAUUCUCACCCAGCUUGGUGUGCGGUAUUUUCUCAAAAAGAUUUAGAAGUUCUUGAGUAUGAUGAAGAUUUAAAGUAUUAUUACUCAAACGGAUAUGGUGACCCAUACAACGAAAGACUUGGCUGUCCGAUUAUAAAAGAUCUCAUGAAUAACUUCAAAAAUAAAUCUCAAACACAACUCGGGCCAAAAGGUGUCUUUUAUUUUGGUCAUUCAUCGAACGUAUUAAGUGCAAUUGUUAGAUUAGGAUUUGCCAGAGAUACUUUAUUUCUACUAAGCUCAAACUUCAAUGAAAUGCGAGAUAGAAAGUGGAAAACAUCAUAUUUGAGUCCUUUUGCUUCAAAUAUUAUGGCUGUACUUUAUGAAUGCAAUGGUGUGAAAAAAGUAACAUUUUUUAUCAAUGAAAUUCCAAUGAUCGUGGAGAGGUAUGGAUGUACAUUAUGUCCGUGGGAGUUGAUCGAAAAUAUGUUUGAUCCCAUUAUUUCUAGUCCAUCCUGUAUAUUUGAUGAAAAUUCGUCAGCUUCUGAUGUAUCUAGGACAAUGAAUUUAGUUUUUUUCACUUAUUUAUUAAACAUAUUUUAUUUUUUUUGAUUAUUCUAAAGUUUUUACUUAAAAACAAUAACAGUUCAUAUCAUAUUUAUUAUUUACAUAACAUAUUAACUUUUAGUUAUACACUUGA